CCUUUGAUACCAGCCGAGACCAUGGGAGCUGCCUUGGCAAGAGCGACGCAGUGGGCUGCUGCUGGGUCUGGAACUGGAACGCUUGAAAUCACCCCUUUGAAUGAAUCUCUUUUAAAUCACAUUAUUAAGUUUGCAGAGGACUUCAGCAGUAGACAUCCUCAGGAAGCGGCGUUUGUCUUCAGAGAGCCCCUUGAGUGGAAAACGCAACUGGGCUGUUCAGUAUUUGGAGAGGGUUAUGAGAUCAAUGGAGACACUGUUCAGUCUGAAGCCAAAAGUAAAGAUGGCCAACCAUUGCUUCUCCUCACAGCUUCAACUCUCAGAGUUCGCAGUUUCGACCAGCUGUCCAGUGUGCUACAAAUUGCUAUGGAAAAAAAGUUAAAGGAAGCACAGGCAUGCCUUGAAGCUAACAGAGAUCCUAUAGUGAAAAUUCUUGGCCCUGAAUAUGGGACCGUUGAAGGAGAAGACAUGUCCGUGUUGCGUUUACUUGGCAAAGUGAAAGAAGAUGAUGACCCUGAAACAGAGAUGAAAAUGAAAAUCAGUCAUCUUCUUCAGCAGCUGGAUUUGCAACUGCUUAAUAGUUCUUUGAAACACAUUUCACAAGAUGUAAGACUAAAUCCAGCUGCUGUAAAUAAUGAAGUGAAUCUUCUCAAGAAUUUCUCUGGGAAAGGAGAAGAUACUGUGCUGGAAUCACUGGAAUAUACAUCAGAUUACACGUUCUCUAAUGGAUGCCGAGCUCCUCCCUGGAGACAAGUGCAUGGAGAAAUUUGUUAUUUAGUCGUCAAACCGCAUGACACUGAUCCUUUGUAUAUCACUUGCAGCACAGCAGGAGUGUUUUUAAAUGGAGGUCAGCUGAAGGGUAAAGAUGACAUUGACUAUGAAAGAAAAAGUGAUGUGUAUAAAGAUAUUGUCACAUUUUUAAGGGACAGAUCACCUAGAUUUGCAGAAAAUAUGGCUAAACAGGAAUAUGAUUUUUUCAAAGAACCGACAUAUGAGAGGAAUUAUCAGCGUAUGGAAGUAGUUGAUGCUAAGGUCUCUGGCCAAUCCCAGAACCUUUAUGAUUUUACAGAAAAGAAUAACUCUGUUCUGAUUUCGUGUUUUCCCAGUUCGUUGUUCAUGGAGGAAGAAGAAUAUCUGAAGGAAAGUAAAACAUCAGGCAGGUUUGAAGAUGUUAGUGAAAGUUCCUCAGAGACUGAGGAAGAUGAAGAACACCCCUUACGUCAUCAGGAAGGAAACACUGAUUUGCCAUCAGAAUACUGGGGAAUUCAGAAACUUGCAAAAUAUUUAAAGGGAGGUAAUCCAACAGCUACUGUGAUUGCUUUGUGUUCAAUGAGAGAUUUCAAUUUGGCUCAAGAAACAUGUCAGCUGGCCAUCAGAGAUACUGGAUGUCUUGAAGUGUUAAUUAAUUUACUUGAUACAGAAGAAAUUAAAUGUCAGAUUGGUUCAUUAAAAAUCCUGAAGGAGAUUAGUCAACAUACACUGAUCAGACAUGCAAUUGCAGAUCUUGGGGGCUUACAGAUCAUGGUGAAAAUACUGGACUCUCCAGAUAAAGUUCUGAAAUGUUUGGCAGCUGAAACAAUUGCUAACAUUGCUCGAUUUAAACAAGCACGAAGAACAGUAAGGCAGCAUGGAGGAAUCAGGAGAUUGGUUGGGCUGCUGGAAUGUGUUUCAGUGGGAUCAACCAGUCUAACACCACAUCAAGGAAAAGAUACUGAAAUAGCACGCUGUGGGGCUUUGGCACUCUGGAGCUGCAGCAAAAGCAUCAGAAAUAAAGAAGCAAUCCGUAAAGCUGGUGGCAUUCCAUUAUUAGCGAGAUGGCUCAAAUGUUCACAUGCAGACAUCUUAACACCAGUAGUGGGGACACUACAAGAAUGUGCCUCAGAGCCAAGCUACAGACUUGCAAUAAGGACAGAAGGAAUGAUUGAGUAUCUUGUGAAAAAUCUGAGUAGUGAACAUGAGGAGCUUCAGAUGCAUUGUGCAAGUGCCAUAUUUAAGUGCGCAGAAGAUAAAGAAAUACGUGACUUGGUUAGACAGCAUGGAGGUCUAAAACCGCUGUCUGUUCUGCUUGGUAACUCUGAAAACAAACGACUUCUAGCAGCAGUGACGGGAGCAAUCUGGAAAUGUGCAAUCAGUGGAGAAAAUGUGUCCAAAUUUCAGGAAUAUAAAGUCAUAGAAACUUUGGUAGGACUGCUCACUGACCAGCCUGAAGAAGUUCUUGUAAAUAUUGUUGGAGCACUGGGAGAAUGUUGCCAAGAGCCAAUAAAUCGAAGUAUUAUCCGUAAAUGUGGUGGAAUACCACCUCUGGUCAACUUACUUACUGGAACUGAUCAGGCCCUACUUGUGAAUGUCACCAAAGCCGUGGGAGCUUGUGCAACAGAACCUGAAAAUAUGAUGAUAAUUGACCGUCUAGAUGGAGUUCGUUUGUUAUGGUCAUUGUUGAAAAAUCCUAAUCCAGAUGUUCAAGCAAGUGCAGCUUGGGCUAUUUGUCCUUGCAUUGAAAAUGCUAAGGAUGCUGGGGAAAUGGUUCGAUCCUUUGUUGGUGGCUUGGAACUGAUAGUCAAUUUGCUAAAGUCAAAGAACAAAGAAGUUUUAGCAAGCGUGUGUGCAGCCAUUACAAAUAUAGCUAAAGAUGAAGAAAAUUUAGCAGUUAUAACAGAUCAUGGAGUCAUCCCUCUGUUGUCCAAACUCACAAACACAAACAAUGACAAAUUAAGACGUCACUUAGCAGAAGCCAUUUCCUACUGUUGCAUUUUGGGAAGCAAUAGAGUUACCUUUGGAGAGACCAAGGCUGUAGCUCCAUUAGUACGCUACUUGAAGUCAAAUGAUCCAUCAGUUCACAGAGCUACAGCUCAGGCUUUAUACCAACUUUCAGAGGAUCCCAACAACUGUAUCACCAUGCAUGGAAAUGGAGUGGUGAAG